AAACAAACAAAAUUACAAUUACACAUACAUAUAUACACAUAUAGAGUAUUUAUACAAAUGUCGCAAGGGUACACAGUGCGCGAUGCGACCAAAGAUGAUCUGCGGAGCAUCUCGGCGCUGAUCUAUGAGCCGACUGUCAAAUGGUUUGGCAACAAGCGUCCCAAAUACGAAAAGAAUGAGAUCUUCAAAAAGUAUCAGACCCAUCGCAUGGCCGUCGAGCUUAAUGAUACCAUGGACAGCAGCCUAAUAGCCUAUGCCGAGUUUCGCAAUUAUCCGGCAAUCGGGCCAAUGCCCAGCGACAGCUGGCUGGAAUGGCUGAAUGAGAAAUAUUGCAUCACAGACACCAUAAGCUGGCUGAACACCAUGUUCUUUAACUUUUGCGUCUAUCAAAAGGAACAUCCGGAGGCGUUACUCGCGCUGCUGCGUGAAGUCUUUUACAUAGAGAAUCGCGUUUGGUAUUUGAUAACAGUGCGAACGCCGGUAUUGCAAGAGGAUUUGUAUUAUGCCGAGAGCUUUGAUGAUCUGGAGAAGUAUGCGACGGUCUAUUAUCCACGCGAGUUUAGCAUUUCCUCCAAUUCGAACACGCAGUCCUUAUAUAUUACGAAGCGGUUCAGAGUUCUGCCCAAGAUCACAUAUCGCAAGGCUCUCGCCGAGGAUAACGACGACAUAAUCGAGAUACACGAACACGAACUGCCCGAGAUGCGCGCAGAGCUGGGUGACUUUUAUAUUGCCGAAGAGUUAAUGCGCACGGAUGAGGAUGCCAAGAAUUCGGUGAUAAUUGUGGCCGAGCUAGUGAACGAAAAACAGGACUCGCAUACUGCGGGCUUUAUCUGGCUAGACGCAAAGGUGGACAUACGCUUCUACGUGCAGAACUUUGAGAUGGACAUGUUCGGCAAUCUGGUCAAGUUCUCAGCCAACAAACCGUUCGAUUACGAGCAAGUAACUGUGUCGUCCGUGGAGCGCAAAGCGGAGGCCAACCUAUUCACAGCCGAUGCCAUGGACGACCUCAACGCAACGACCAUAAUUGGUGGCGUGCAGCGCAAUGAUAGUGGCAUCAGUGUGGCCAGUCUAAGCAAGCUAAAGGUGAGCUCGAUUCAUGGAAAUAUCGUAGAUACGAAUGUCUCGACCAGUCAGGAUAAGUUCUACAGUCGUGAAGAUCUGUAUAUGAAGUUUGUGCAUAUAUUCGAGAAGCUAGUCACGACUGGCUACUACAUUAAUGAGCAAAACAAGUAUAUUAAUCUUCAUUAUAAUACGGAUACGAAGAAACGACAUGUGGAUGGCGUGCAAUCUGCCUCGAAUGUUUUUGAGUUGAAGUACAUCUGUGUGAAGGAGCAUUUUCCUCUGCCGCGUUUGUUUAGCUGCCUGAAUGCCAUGUACGCGGCCUUUCCGGACCGUGACUAUUGCAUAAUGACCAUACCAAAGAGCCUCAACUCUCUGCGCAGUCACGUGGAGGCGCUUAAAUAUUUUAUGCCCGUGGCGAUGCGUCCCACCAGAGUGGCCAACUUGACUGAUAUCUAUAUCACGCACCGCAGCGCCAUUUUCGGAGAAAUCAGCCUCUAUCGCUUGGAAAGCACAGACUUUGAUAUUGUGGUGGACCUGGCCAAGGGCGGCCAAAUGUUCUCCGACCUGAGAGACCUGUCGUCGGACAGCAGCUUCUCGUAUAACUCCAAGGUGAAUGCGUUCGUCAACAUUGACAAUGAGGUCCAGGUCAUACAGCAGAUCAUGAACGACGUGCUGGAAAAGGAGAACAGCAAUUACGACGUGUUCACCAUACGCUGUGGCAAUUCCACCAAAGCGGCCAUUCACAAUACGGCCAUUGGGUUUGUGAUCUUGCGCAAGUUCCUUCACUAUCACGAAUUGCAUUAUCAUUAUCAUCUGCCCAACAACGACCAGCAUCUGGAUAAUGAGCGUGCCGAGAUUAUAUCGCUUCGAUUGCAUCCACUCUUCAGUAAUUGCUGCGAUGUGAUACUUCGCAACCUGGCAGCGAAGACCAGAUAUUUUGAUUUCUAUUUCAUAUAUGCACGUAAUAAAUUUUUAUUCUCCAACGAUUUGAAGACAAUGAUGAUGCCCAUCGAGCCCACGCCGAUGAAGAAGUUUUUCUUCACCAAUAUCGACAAAAAACUUCAAUGGGGUUCAAAAACCUUGCUUACGGGCCUGCCCGAUUUCGAUUACUAUCGUGAUCAUUUGGUAGUCUUUCGCCAUAGGCUGAAUCCCUCGCAAUGGUUUGGGAAGACCACCAGAUUGGUCAUUAUUGGAUUUACGGCUAACGCCAAGGCGUUCUUGCGUCAGCUGGUCUUUCAGUGGAAUACUAAGGACCACGCGAACGCGGAGAACUAUAACUGUCUUCCACGCUUGCAGGUUACGGUUAUUGCAGCUCCCGGUCUGGUGGAGGCGGAAUAUGAUUGCAUGUUCGAUUGCCCCUACUGCCCGCCGGGUGGACACUGCUAUUUAAGCCAUCGAAACUAUUCCUGUUAUGUGCGCGAUGUCGUGAUGCGCAUGGAUCUGCGCCUUUGGGUACAAUUUCUGCCCGGGCAUGUGAACUACAUUAACAGGGAAAAGAAGUUUGUGAAGAUUAAUAAGACCUGCGAGAUAUACUACGAUACUUUGCUGCUAAUGAACUAUUUGAGCUUCAGACUAAAAGUGGACGAUCACAAAGAGGAUCAUCCCGGGCGAAUACCCUCUAAUUUCAUUGAGCUCAACAACCGCCUUGACAAGUUUCUGCUCUUCUAUAAGCUGCGUGUGCUCAUAGAGGAGCACAAGCGCGAUUAUUUAAUACUUAUGUAUGGUUGCAAUUUGCAUACUUAUGAGUGCAUAGCCUUUCUGAUAUCCCAUGGUGUCGCGCCGGAGCGAAUCAUCCUUGUCUUGCCUCAUAAGAAGAUUGGCACUGAAAAGGAGCAGAAACUUACCAGUCCCUUCGUCGAUGAGAAUCUGCAGUACAUACUCGAUGACAUAUUAGAGGAUCUCGAAGUACAAAUACAUAGGGAUCUCACCUUUGCACAUUGGGUACAACAUGGCACAGCGAACUUCAUACUUGAGGUUGUGUUUAAACCCUGGAAAGGAAAGAAAGAGAGAGUUUCAUUCGAUUGCGAUAUAUUCAUAUCAUUCCAGGAGGGUUGCAUGGAUUCCAACACCGAGGAAUGGCUGAAGGCAUCGGAAAUUAAGCUGCGAGGCAGACAUAUUUUGGUUAAUAAGAACUUUCAGACAAACGAUCCGGACAUUUAUGCCGUGGGCAAGCACAUAGAAAUCGAUGAGUCCAUAAAUCAUCAGUACCAGUACACAAACGAGAAGGAAACAGCUAUAAAGUUAAUGCAAAUACUAGAGCUACGUGAAUACGACACACCUAUUGACUAUAAAUACUCGCAGCCCUCAUUCUUUAAGGCCAUACUGCCUCUUGGCUACUUCAUCACCAAGCUGACCAUGCCUCGCCGCUAUCUGGCCAGCUAUGCCCUCGGCUGUACCAAAUGCUCGCUGAGCACCUACUUGAACAAUACCUUUUGCCGCAUCGGACUCACCCCGAAAAUGAUUGUGGAUGAGAUAGUUGUUGUCACUAAACAGAGUGCGCCUUUGGAUUAUCUGGAGCACUUCUGUGGCAAGCACGAGAAGAUGUUGAAUAAUCUGAAAGCGCGCUAUAAGGCAGGUAACAUCAAGUGCUUCUUGCGGUUCCUUCAAGAGCCUUGGACAGAGCUGUUAAUGCACGAUGAUUUCGAAGACUUUCAGGCAGAAAAUCAUAAAAUGCUAAUGCCCUUGAUACAAAAUUUGGAUUUGAACACCGAGAAUAAUCUACGUGAGGUCAACAAACAGCUAUUGGAACAAAAUCUAUUGGACUUUAUACGUAAACGCCGAGGGGAAUUUCAUCACGAUUUCGUACUGCCUGAGGACUACUUACACGCGGACAACUUUGGGGACCUUCGCUCGGGUCAUGGGAAUUAAUCUAAAUUUUCAAUGUUCAAAUAACUUGUAAACUGAGUAGUUGCAUGGAACACAAUUCAUUACUUUAAAACAUAAAAAAAUAAAA